AUGUUCUCUUCGCUUUUCUCUUGCGCUCUUGGCCUUCAAACUCUCUCCUUCUUUCUCUCCUCUUCUCUCUCCUUCUCGCUCUCUCUCAAACUCUCUCUCAAACUCUCUGUCUCUCUCUCUCUUUCUCUCUCUCUCAAACUCUCUCUCUCCUCUUCUCUCAACUCUCUGUCUCUCUCUCUCAAACUCUCUCUCAAACUCUCCCUCUUCUCUCAACUCUCUGUCUCUCUCUCUCAAACUCUCUCUCAAACUCUCCCUCUCUCUGUCUCUCUCUCUCUCAAACUCUCUCUCUCAAACUCUCCCUCUCUCUCUCUUCUGUCUCUCUCUCUCUCUUCUCUCUCACUCUUUAGAGGGGUGACGCAUCGGGAUGCUGACUUGAACGAACUUGUGGCCCAUGCCACUCGUCUCGGGCGGAUACUCAAAUCCGCCCCCAGUUCAGAUGCAGCCACGGCUCAGCUCUUGCAUGAGACCCAUGCCACGGCGCUACGUGCCGGCACGGCCCAAAGCCCGGCAGCGCCAACAUCCGCCUCGCCCCGCUCCUCAGACACGGCGUCCUCGCCCGCGCCCAGCGUUCAUCAAGUUGGCCCUGUAGCACGUCCCCCUGUAUCGCCCAGUGCCGCCUCGGGCCAAAUGCCAAACUACCUUUCCCAAGCCGAGCAACAAAAUAGGCAGCUCCAGCGAGCCCUGGAUGCACGUGCCGCAGAGCUCCUCCGCUCCGACCGGCAAGCUAUCUUGCUGCUUCGACAACAAUUUGAAAACCUACAAAAAGCCCACCAACUACAGAAUGCAAAUGCACGAGCCAUAGCAGACCGUGAGCAGCGACUGCGCAGCCUUGUUUAUCGGCAAGAUGCCCCAGACGAAGAAUCGGCUCAGCUGCGCGAAUUAGUCAUCAAGUUUGAUUCCGCCAGCCAGGAAGUGUCGGAAUUGCUCUUGGCAUCAGAAAAGGAUCCAAAUGAAGCCAAUGCAAAACGCCUAGUGGGCCACGCGUUCACAACUUUGCAUCACCCCUUGCGACGUGCACUCAAGCACUCGCAAUACCAAACUUACCAACUGUUCAAUCAAGAGAAGUUACCUCCUGAAGACCUGCUGGCUUACUGUCAAAAGAGUACCCGUGCUCUUGCCGAGCAAUUUUUCAAGACCUACCACUUUCUGCGGCCCCAAACCGGAUGCGAUCCCGCGGCUGUGCGCCAACACCGUAGCUUCUGGGCCAAGCUUUUGGCACGAGAGGACGGUCUCGACAAGAUCCACGAGGACGCCGAUGCGGUGGACAUCAUGUCCGUUGUCGAGCGUCAAAUCGAGGAUGUUUACUUUGACGAUGCCAUCUGGGGGGUUCUUCGCAAGGCAUCAGAAGCUCAGUUGCUCGAGCAAGAGCAACAUUUUCAUCAGGCCACAGCUGCAUAUCGUGCCAGCACAGCGCGACGAGAGGAUUUGUUGCCAGAGGCCUUUCGUCUCAAAGAUGCAAAUGGCAACCUACAGUUGGAUGCCGCGACUGCAGAUUGUGCCAUCGAGUUGCAUCGCAUGCCUAUUCAAGGAGGACCACGAACCAAGGUUGAGAAUUUUGCCAGCCUCCUCGAGCGUAUCAGUCAACAAGUGGCCAGCAUGCUCGACGAACCGAUCGGAGCUGAGCUUCUAGUCGAUGCUCUGAAGCACGUCAUCAUGUAUAGCGGGCGUUAUGCCUUGGUGUACGAGCUCUUUGCCAUCGACCGCCUUCUACCUCCCACAGAAGCCCACGGAAUCUUGGGCUACACCUGCGUCACCUGGCAGAUUGUACUAGCUUCGAUUAUUCAAAGCUGAUCCCACAAUAAUAUGAGGCGUUUGCAACCUGUUUCAAUCGCGCACCGUCGUGAGUGCAAGCGCGCGCUGACGUCCGUGAUGCCGCGGUGUAGUUUUUUGUCGAAUCCCAUCUCGCUUCGAAUGCCCAUCAGCUUAUAAUAAUAUACCAUCACAAUUAACCGACUGACCU